AUGGAGCCAUCAUAUUCAGCUCAACGCAACCAAAAAUCAUCAGCCCAUCUCACUCAUAACGAAGACUACACUCAUCAUGCUUGCCUUUCUCUCUCUUCUCUCCUACUUCAAUCUUCUCCUACAUACAACGGAUUAUUAAUUUCCCCAAAUCUUCCUUCUAAAUUCCAAUCAUUUCCAGUAGAUCCACUAUACAAAUUUCCAAUAAUUUCUUCAUCAAAAGAAAGAAACCUCACAGCCAUCCUUGAUCGUCAGGAUUUUAUAUCUGCAGACUUAAUCAGCUUAAAAUCAGCCUUGACUUUCCUUCACGACAAAAGUCCUUUCAGACGCGGAAACGCCCAAGAUGUUGUUAAUCCAUUAGAAACUGACCAAAGCUCUAUAGGAAUCCCAAGAAAUUCUAUCAACAAUGGCAGCACUUAUUCUCAGGCUCUCUUAUCCCGGGCCUCUCUUCAAAGCGAAGUCGAGCUUUUUAACCUCGUUGAUGAGCUGGCAAAGGAUUCUUUUACAAUGGAAAACUCAAUGGAAUCUUCAGCAGUCCUAAGCGAAAUCGACAAGCAAGAAAUUUCAAUCAACUCAAAAGCAAUUAUAAUGCAAUUACAAAGAAAUUUUGCUUGCAAACAAGACAACGACAUGCAUUUGCAUUCAAUUACCCCUGAAAGUUCAUUAGGAAGUGAUGAAGAUAGUGAGGAAAAUACAACAUUUAGAGAUAGUAGGCCAAUUUUCGACACAAGAGUCAGCAUGCAAGCUGAAGAGAGUCUUUUUAAUCAGGACAGCAUUGAGCCAAGUGAGAUUUUAUUUGAUGGAAAUAUAAAGCCAAUAGCAAUUCAAGAAGCAAAAGAAAGUUUUGAAAGUCUUGAUGAGGCUUAUGAAACCACACCUAGCUGUGUGGCAGAAUUGCUUCCUGAAGAAGAUGGAGAAAAUAGCGAAUUCUUGUUUAGGUCAAUUGAAGCUUUGAAAAAAGCGAAAAUUGAGAGAUUUUCAAUUGCUGAAAGUGAUGCGAGUCCACCACCUGGGGAUGAAGGGUCGAUAAGAGUUAGUGCUGCAAAUAGGCUUUUUUUAAAUGGGCAGACAGCAAGCAAGGCAAAGUUGGCGACUAGUGCUAAAGAUCAAUCUCCAACUGAAGACUGUUAUCCUAAAGCAGUUUUUCAGCAAAAAGGAAACGACUUUGAGUAUCAAGAUAUGAAUUCCCCAAUCCUACAAAAAAUAGUUGUCUGUGAAGAAAGUGUAGACUCUGGAUCUGAUACGAGAAAAAACAAUAAAGAGCUUAAAGUCAUCUCUAUACAGUUCUCAGUUGCUGCCUGCGGGUUUUCAACGGUUCCCACUUUAGAAUUUUCAAACUACGAAGGAAAAAGCCGAGCUUUAAUCUACCUAGAAGACCAAAAUUCUCUGCUAAACACUCUAUUUUCUGCAAAAAUUCUGAGGGAGUUCGGCCAUAACCCUGUGAAAUGGAUCUCUUGUGGCUUUGAGCACUGUGCAGCAGUCUCAAGAGAUGGGAAAGUUUUCACAUGGGGCUAUGGCUCUUCAGGCUGCUUAGGCCAUGGCGACACAAAUUCAUACACAACUCCUACAUUAAUAAAUUCUUUAUUCCAGGAAAAUAUUUCUUAUCUUGAAUGUGGAGGCUACCAUAAUGUCGCCCUUUCUGAAAUUGGCCAAGUUUGGGUGUGGGGCCGAAAUGAUGUGCAUCAGCUUGGUAUAAGCUUAUCCCGAAUGGCAAAAGAUGAGAUCGGACAUGUCGCGCUGAUUCCGAUGAAAAUCAGAGAAUUAAAAAAGUGCAAAGGAAUUGCCUGUGGUCAGGCCCAUACAUUGGUGCUUGAUAGUAAUGGGAAGCUCAAUGUCUUUGGCUGGGCUGAGGAUGGACAAUUAGGAAUUUCAGCCUCUGACUUGAAGGAAGGAGUUAUGACGACAGCUAUAAAAGAACUGAAAAUUCCUAAUAAAAAGCCAAUUAAAGUGUCAGCUGGAUCUAUAUAUUCAGCUUGCUUAACAGAGUCUGGAGAAAUUUAUGUAUGGGGCAAUGGAGAACAAGGACAGCUGGGCUUAGGAAUCAAUGUAAAAGGAGUCUCUUUUCCGACUUUAAUCAACAGUUUGGGGAAUGAGAUGAUAAUUGAUAUUCAGUGCGGAGAAAGCCACAUGAUCUGCCUAGCUAAAAGUGGCAAGGUUUAUGGAUGGGGACAAGGAAUAGUUGGAGAUUUUGGAAGCGAUUUGUCAUUUCCAAGAGGAUCAGACAUGACUUGCUCUGUCCCACGAGUAUUGAACAGUGUAGAUAUCGCUCACCGGUAUAUUGUGAAAAAGGAUCGAAGCAGAUCUGAUGAUUUAGCCUCUCAACUUUCAGCGAAAUUAAUGAAACUGAAGCAAUAA